AUGACAAGCUUGGAAAAUGUGAAACCGCGUGACCUGUUUGGAGCAGUUGACUUGGAUGGGAGCGGGUAUAUAGACAGAGACGAAUUAGCCGCAGUUUGCGACUUAGACGCUCAGGAUUUGGCGGAAGUCUUUGAUAGGCUUGAUGCGGACAAAGAUGGACGAAUCAGCAUCGAAGAAUUUUCGGAAAAUUUUAAAAAGUUCAAGUCUGUAGUGAGCGGAGUGAAGAGGAAAAAAUCUGAGCUGUCUUCGUGUUCCGAUGGGGAAUUUGAAGACCUUAAAGACAGGCUAGGACAACAGUUUAAUCUACUUACUGGGUAA